GUGUUUGGGCAAAGCGAGUAUGCAAGUAUCUGAAAGACUAGAUCUCUAGACUAGAUCAGAUCCUCAUCUUCCAUUCCUCUUUUCGCCAUCAAAACGACUUGCUUUUUCCUUACCUAUCACUAUUCAACAAACUUAUCAGAUCAGAUCGGAUCCUCUUCCGAUUGGGAUCACCGCCGAGUCCAUGAGCACGCCAGCGAUUUCAGGGGGCACGGGCUUCUUCACCGGGUUCACUCGGUUAUGCAAGGGCCUUGCGGUGGUGCUGGUUUGCGGUCACAUUGCGGUUCAGUUUUUCCCUUCAGCUGUUACCUACUUCGCUCUUAUUCCCGCCAGGACAAUCCCAUUUGCCUGGAAUCUCAUUACUUCUGGUUAUCUUGAACAAUCUAUAUAUGGGGUAGUGAUCAGCACAUUGGGUCUCCUGUUUAUUGGAAAGCUGCUUGAACCAAUAUGGGGCUCCAGGGAAUUCUUUAAAUUCAUCUUUGUGGUUAAUCUUCUAACUUCAAUAUGUGUAUUCAUCACUGCCAUUGCCUUAUACUACAUUACAAGGCUGGAGACUUACCUUUACAUGCCGCUCUCGGGAUUUCAUGGGGUUAUAUCUGGUUUCUUGGUUGGCAUCAAGCAAAUUAUACCGGAUCAAGAGCUUCCUUUCAUCAAGAUAAAAACAAAGUGGUUGCCAUCUAUCACUUUAUUGCUUUGCAUUGCUAUUAGCUUCUGGACACUAGAGGCUACAACAUAUCUUCCUACGAUUAUAGCUGGCACAUAUAUAAGCUGGAUUUACCUUAGAUACUGGCAGAGGAAACCAGAAGCAAAACUUAGGGGUGACCCAAGUGAGGAUUUUGCUUUCUCCACAUUUUUCCCCGAAUUUUUGAGACCAGUUAUAGAUCCUAUUGCAUCAAUUUUUCACCGAAUGCUCUGUGGAAGAUCUAAUACUUCUAAUAAUGGGCAAGGCUACAAUCUGGAAAGUGAGCCUUUACCAGGUUCAGAUUCAAUUGAGGCUUCUAGGAGAAGAGAAAGAGGUGCUCGAGCACUGGAAGAACGAUUGGCUGCUGAGAGGUUGGCUGCUGCACGACGUGAAUUACAAAGAGAAGCUGAGGAAAAUGUAUAAUUCAGCAACAUCAGCUAUUGAUAUCCUGAGGUCGUACAGUAAUUAAUUAGAGAAUUUUUGUUUAGGUCAAGGAAGAUUUAAUGGGCAUUUUUACUUGGAUAAUCUUUACAAAACCAAAGCUUUCUCUUUUGUCAGAUAAAUAUAAUUUACUUUCUAUCUGUGCUUUC